CUUCCUCUUUCUCUCUCAUUUUUUCACAGACACACGAACAUCCUCAUCUCAUCCUAUCUUCUCUACACUCCCGUCAACUCUAUCAUUACCGCCACCACUACCACCAUCAUCAUCAUCACAAACCGUAUUACUGUCAUCGUAUCUUUCUCUCUGGAACCCUCAUUGUCUACUUUUAAAAGAAAAAAAAAGAGAGAGAGGAAAAUUAUUUUUAAAAAAAUAAAUAAUAAAAUAAAACAUAUAAUACCAGCCUCCAUUCACAUCGUUUUUACUAUGAUCGCAUCUCGCAUACACUUACGGACGUAAAUUGAACUAUUGGAUUUAUGGAUCUCUACAAAUUAUGUUUUCUUGUUCUACUACCAGCAGCUUUUGCUGCAGAAUGCCAAAAUGCAUUGGAGCAAGCAAUGGAUUGCACGAAAAGAGGAGCUAAGCAAAAGGUUAUUAUUGAAGGAAAUUAUGAGAAAGCUGUUAAAGACUGCAGAGAACGGUACCACCACAAAUCUGUCGACUGCCUUGAAGACGUGAUGGAAAGGUGUAAAAAUGACAAGGUUCAUGGUGAAACAUUAAAAUUAUACAUUGAUGUAGACAACACAAGAAAGAGUGUAAAUUAUUUAUGUGAAAACCUUGGUGCAUUAAAAUCUCAUGGCAAAUGUAUCAAAAACGUCCACCAAGAAGUAGUAGAAUGUACAAAACUACGUGUGAUGCAGCCGAAGAAAGAUUCAAGUGAAAGUACGGUUGAUAGGAUAUGCCAGUUCACUAGAAUAUCAUUGGAUUGUUUCGAGAAAGUUCUAGACAGCAGAUGUGGAGAAGAAGCAAACAACUUCCUGUACAAUGUGAUGGCAGGUCCAUUGCCCCCAAUCUGCAAACAACUCAAUGACAAUGGAACCACCAGAACUCAAUCUUUCUGCUUAACCGUUUUCAUGUCUAUGGUCACUGUACUGCUUUCAUUCAUGCUAAGAUAAAUGGCCAAUUCUAACACUUAAUCAUGUGUGUAUGUAUAUAUAUGUAUAUAUAUAAUGUAUAUGUAUACUUUUAAGGAAAAUGGUUGACAAUUAACUUUGAAAUUUUGCCUUGGGUUGGUUUUAUCUUCAAAGUCACAGUUCGUCUUCUUUCCUUGUAAAAUUACAUUUGACACUCAAUAUGUUUAUGUAUUGACUGGAGUUUUUUGUUUAUAAUUAUACAUAAAAAUACAUUGUUUCGUUUCA